AGGAAGGCCAUCACUGGUCACAGUAGCGGUACACUUCAAUCACAGAAUACCGGGUCUCUUUCUUCUCUUCCUCUUUUUGCCCUCUUCCCCGUCUGCCGGGACAAAUAUACCGGUAGUCUGUAGGCUCUCCGUGACUGGGUUGACCCAUUGUGACCGGGACCAAGUUAUUGGAGGAGCUUCGCGCCCACCCUCCCCUCGCCCCAAGGAAUCGCUCCAGACGAGAUUGCGGCAGUCGAACAGUGCCGGUAGGGGUACCUUCUUACAAGUCCGUACAUCUCACAUCCCUUCCCAGCCUUCUCUUCUACUCCUGCUUCUGUUUAUCCUCUUUCCUCGCUCGCUACCGGGGUCUCCGUCCUGACCCCUCCCUCCCUUGCUUCCCCUUCCGACUUCUCCAACAUCUGCACCCGCCUCCCCUGCUCUCCUCCCCUUCUUCUCCUCCACAUCCACCGCACGCUCACCUCACCCUCCUCUCCUCUCCUUUCUGAUCCUCUUCUCAAUAUUUUUUUUCUUUCCCACUUUUCCUCGCGGAACAUCUUUCCAUCCCAUUUUCUUCCUUUUCCCGUUUCAGCCCUUCACUUCUCUACCUUCGUUACUUCCGCUUUCACAUCAAUCCCCCCUUUUACGUUACCGCUUCUUACCUCUACCUUGUCAACCCUUGGUUCGGUCAAUAGAAUUAAUUUUCCUAGGUUUGGUCGAGGUCGCUUUCCUACAGCACCCAAGAAUUCGGAGUUACAGAUAUGAGUGUAGGUCUCCCUAUCCGUUGAACUCUAUUGGGGAAGCGCCCGUCUCACCUUGUAUUCUCUUGCUGAUCGCAUAUUUUUGAACGUGUAGAGACCUGGUUACGGGGGGUAUGUUUAACUCUUAUUCCCUACUGCUUUGGACUGUCGCGACCGCCUCAAUUCUCCUCGAGGCUUCUUUGGUUAUCUGCACGCUGUGAUUUGUCGGAUUGAGGCUUUUCCGACGUCAGCCGCGCGGAUAUCACUAGAGACAUGGAGGCUGACUUGUUUGGUUUUGUUGCUUGGAUCAGCGAUUAUCGCCAAACCAAUCCAUAUGCCCAGCAGGAUAACUACAACCCACAUGAUAAUUACGGUGCUGGGCAAGGUGGCUUUGGAGCUCAGGGUGGCCAAGACUAUAAUCAAGGGAGUGCAGGUAAUUACUGCCUUUCACAAUUUCACUAUCUGUCUAGAGGUUGAUGCCCACGGGAUUCCAAACUAAAGUUGAGCCUUACUCUCCACUAGCUACAGGAAACUACGAACUGGCGAGCAUGAACAACUCGAACCCCGAUGGCGCGGAUUCUCAGCAGGAAUUCUUUGGCGAAGUAAACGAGCUCAGGGAAGGGAUUGACCAGGUCAAGGCCAAUAUCACUCGUAUCGAGUCACUUCAUCAGCGCUCUCUCACGGAUAUCGAUGAAUCAACAUCAUCUCAGACUCAGCAUCAGUUGGAUUCUUUGGUCGCUGAUACCUCGGCGUUGAACAGUGCUCUUGCGAACAGGAUCAGGAGGCUAAAAGGAAAGGCUGCCACCGAUCCCAGCAAGGCACCCCAGGUUAACAACCUGGAUCGUAGCUUCAAGGAUGUUCUCAGAAAGUAUCAAUCAGUAGAGGCCACUUUUCAGAAGAGGGCUCGCGAACAGAUGGCCAGACAGUACCGGAUCGUUCGUCCAGAUGCGACUGAACAGGAAGUAGAGGAAGCAUGUAAUGAUGGACAGGGCCAACAAAUCUUUUCCCAAGCAGUAGGUCUCAACCUCGUGGCUGUGCGCUAUUGGUGAUUUGCUGUUGUGCUAACCUAUAUUCUAGCUUCUGACAGGUAACCGACGGGGCGAAGCUCGCUCUGCACUUCGCGAAGUGCAGGCGCGACACAACGAGAUUCAGCGCAUUGAGAAGACCAUCAUUGAGCUCGCAGAUCUCUUUAGCCAGAUGGAGCAGUUGGUCAUUGAGCAAGAGGCGAUGGUUGAGAACAUUGACCAGCGGGGAGAAGAGGUUACCACAAAUGUCGCCAAGGCCCAAGAGGAGAUUGGAGUGGCUGUGGAGAAAGCUCGUUCCCGAAGAAGAAAGAAGUGGUGGUGCUUGCUCAUCGUCCGUAAGUACAUGUUAUUCUAUAUUGCAUUUCGCCUUCUCACCUUCAAUUGUUUUCCUAUUCCUGUUCUGGACCGUUCUCUCGGCACCCCCGAGUGCUGGGGAUGAAUAUUACUUCCUUUUUUAUCAUGGAACGUUGAAAGGCAGUUCUCAUAAUCAUCGCUAUUGUCGUGAUUGUUGUGGCGGUCUCUCUAACUGAGAAAUGAGCUUAAAAAUGGAACCAAAUUCGCCUUCUUCCGACUUUUAUGUCGGAGAGAGACCCCGGGGCGAACUUUCCUUAGAUCAUGUGUUUUUUUCAUUCUCUCGAGGAAGAUUUCGACCUAACAUUGUCCUUUUCAAACCCGGGGUUAUAGUUCUCAUCAUCAUUGCAAUCGUCGUUAUCGCAUUGGUGGUCACGAAGAUCAACGGCGCGUGGUAAAAGCCUGGGCCUCGGCCAGACGGGGCAGGAAUGCCCAAGAACACUGGAACGAGAAUUACUUUCUUAUAUACCCGUUUUUUUCCCUCUUGCUUUCUUUUCCUUUGUAAUCUGUUUCACUUUUUGGGUUGCAAACUCGGGAAAUGGGCUUGCAUUGCUUUCUUGAUCGAUUGAGGGGAUACCUUUUUCUCGCAGCAUUUCUAACUUUGGGUAAAUACUUGCGUUACGCUCAACAGUUCUCAUCAUCAUUGUCGUCGUCAUCAUCGUGGUCCUGGUCACGGUUCUGCGGAAAAAUAACAACAAUAACAGUGGCGGCGGUGGCGGUGGCUCAAAUCCUUGAUCGAUCGAGAACUCCGACGAGCAAGACUUGUUUUUGGGCGCAGGCUAGGACUCUAUCUAUCCCUAUCUACCCAUCAUGUUAAUGGGGUAGAUAUACAGUACUUGUACUUCUUUCACCUUUUUCUUUUGCUUACAUAUUUCUCCUCCGUUCCUUUCCAACAAAGCUCAGGUGUUUCUCUAUCUCUUAUAUUUGUAUUUGCGUUUCCUUUUUUUCUGCUGAAAAAAAAAACUCUUCUGUGUACUAGCUUUGAAACCAUGGGUGGUAGGUACCGGUAGGGUUGUUGGAGAGGGGGAAGUAGCAGUGGUGAUGGAAUGAGGGGGAUUAUUUAAUACACUAUUUUUCUACCUUUCCUCUGCUAUACUUGGCCGUUCGUUACAUCGAUAUCAUAAUUUUGUCUUUUUGCCCUUUCCCGUGGCUGUUUGCGAAAUCUAAUUUGCUACUAGUCUGUUGUGUAACUCGUUCCUCUCAUCCCUGAUCGUCAUGGUAAAGUGUGGUUGUGGGGGAUGGGGGUUUCCACCCCAACGAAAUUACCAUCACAGGUUAUCUUGCACCCUUAUAGCAGUAGAG